AUGACAACUAUGGAUUCCGCAUCGGGGCUUGGCGUCCCAGACGCACCGGCAGCGCCCAGAUCGUCUGAAGCGCCGGCUCCGACGACGGCACGUGCGCUUAUCCUCGACACGUCUCCGGACACAUUGGCCGACGAUGCCAGCAUAUACGGCGUGGAAGAUGAUGCCCAGUCGUUUAUGCAACCAACAAUGAGCCCAAUAGCCACGCGGCUGUCCCUGCCGCGGACACCGGCCGCCGAAAAAGCCAUGGCCAUGGAUGAUAUUAUUAAUGCCAAUAUCGGUGCAGGCUUCAGCGACCCAUACAAGCCGGCCGUGUCCUCACGACUCCAUAGCGCAACCAUAUCGACUCCACCCUCGGCCCCGGCUCCGGCGGCACCGCCUCUUGCACCGGCCCAUGAAUCCAAGCCGAGCGCCAUGUUGUCUGUUUUCCAGUCCGGCACACGCCAUGGCCGUUCGUCAUCCGUGGGAUCUGAUGCUCUUAAGCGCUUAUCAAAAGCCCUACCUUCCAUGCCCUCGAUUGCUUCGCUUUCCUUCCCCAGCAAAAGCUCUUUCCUGCCCAGUCUGAGCACGCCCUCUUUCUUUUCCUCCUCAAAUGCUGGCAACAACAGUACCACAUCCUCAGUACAGAACUUGCCGCCCUCCUCUUGGAAGAUCUCACCACAAGACUCCCCAACACGGGCAAGUGACCACAACCAGGCAGGGGUCCAGCGGACACUUAAGACGUCCGACCCAGACCCGAACUCUCGCCCUCGAACCUCGCAUAUGGCCACAGUUACCACGUCCCAGACCAAUUCGCCUGCUGGUGACUUAUCGGAUACAAUUUCUGGGCGGCUGCCGCUGAACCGGCCGCCGUCUGUUGCCUCGAAGCGCUCCUAUGUCUUGCGCCGGUCGACGUCCGACGACUCUCUCUUGUACCACACCCUCUCACGAGUACCGUCGCAUGGCGACGAGGCACAAUUUGUACAUAUUCGUGAACAAGUCAACUCUCGCAUGAAGGCCAUCAUGGACAGCUUUGACAGGCCGACGUUUAAAAUGCCCCAGCUGCCCAGCUUCUUUCCCGACGCCAAGCACACCACAGCCCUUGUGCCACGCGAGCCGGCAUCGCCUCUAGACGCUGCCCUCGAGGAUCUCACCGGCGACAUUGUUGUUCUUGGCGGCUAUCGUGGCUCCAUUCUUCGUUCUGCAGAGCCGCCACACCGUCAACUAUGGGUGCCUGUCAAGGUCGGUCUCAAUAUCCGCAAAGUCAACAUGGAAGUCGGCCUGGACCCGGAGGACGAGGAGAACAUGCCGCAAACCAUUUUCCCGUCGGGUAUGCUCAAACACAUUGGUCCCGUUGACAUCUCACGCCGCCUGUUCAAGAAGCUGCGGGAGAGCGAAAACGCACGCAAGGGAACUCUGCGGGUCCACGACUACGGCUACGACUGGCGGCUAAGCCCGCACCGUCUUUCUAAACAGCUUAUUGCCUUCCUGGAGUCGCUUCCCUGCAACCAGCCCGGCGCCAAGCCGGGCAGUCGUGGGGCCGUCGUCAUCGCCCACAGCUUGGGCGGCCUUAUUACGCGCCACGCCGUCAAUCAGCGGCCUGAUCUGUUUGGAGGCGUUAUCUUCGCCGGCACGCCGCAGCGCUGCAUCAACAUCCUCGGUCCGCUACGCAACGGCGACGCUGUGCUGCUAAACGAAAAGGUCCUCACGGCGCAGGUCAACUUCACGCUGCGCACAACCUUUGUCUUUUUGCCCGAAGACGGGUUUUGCUUUGUCAACAGCAACGACGCGUCCGAGGAAUACCGCGUCAACUUUUAUGACAUCAAAGAGUGGAUGCGCUACCGCUGGUCACCCUGCGUUGCUCCAGCCGCACUGCCAGCCUUCCAGUCUCUCAUGGGGAGCGGCAGCGGCAUAGGCCUCAACCUUGGCUUGGAUGGCAGUGGCCACGACUCCAGCCUGAGCAACAAGCGCAGCAGCACAAACUUUGGACGUGCCUUGACCGCUGCAGCAGCAGCAACAGCAAGCUUGGCCAAAGAUCGCCUCAACGCGCCCCAGAUGGACGCGGAGGGUGUCGUUGCCGACGAUAACGCGGCAGAAUCGUCGCACAUGGUACUGCCUCCCGGACUGGCAACCACCUCGGGUGCUUCUGCAACCAACGAAGCUCUCGAUGUCGCCUUUACCACAACCUCCUCGGCGCCCCCAACGCCACCUGCCGACCCCCAGCAGGCCCGUGCCGUCGCCUACCUGAUCCGCACACUGGCCGAGACGAAGCAGUUCCGUGCCGAGAUGGCUCACCGUCCCGAACACACGGCCGCCAACGUCUACCCACCCAUGGCCGUGAUCUACGGUAAGGGCACACCCACGGUCUACGCGGCGCGCGUCGGCAGCCGUGCCGCCAUUGCCUGCGCAGACGCAUACGAUGACCUUGUGUUCCGGACCGGCGAUGGCGUCGUCCUGGCACGCGAAGCCCAGCUGCCGCCCGGGUACCACUACGUGCGCGACGGCUACGUCAGCACCGACCGCGGCCAUGUGGGGAUGCUGGGUGACCUCAAUGCCGUAGGCAAGGCACUUGCGGCCGUUGUACGAGGCCGCCAAAAGGGCAUCGGCCACGGUCUUGAGCGGACUCACUCGAAAGUGACCGACCAGGUGUCCGAUCUGCCGUCCGGUCAUGUGCACCAGAACCUGCAAACACCAGCUCCCUUGCCCACAAUAACAACCACUGCACCCACGGCUGUGGGCACGGCAUCUUUUUCUCAGACUGUCAGCACAAGUAUUGAGGCGACAUCCUAG